UUUUGGGUUUUUCGGUGCCCUAGAUGGGGUACUUGCUGAGGGCGCUGUCCAAAGCGGGCGGCGCGACGAGAUCUCAGUGCCGCAGCUUCUUGGUCUCGUCGCAUCACAAUGAGUCCAAGAUCAUGGUGCUUCUCCUCCCGGCCAGCGCCAGGGGCAUCUCCUCCAGCGCCGCCACCGCUCUCGCCAGCUCCAAGUCGGGUACAUUCUCCGAGGGGAAGUUCUCCGCCGAGGCCGCGUCCGAGGAGGAGGAGGAGGAUUUGGAUCCGGAUUCCACCCGGCUCCACAGGACCGAGGUCGUGCCUUACAACUUGCUGUGCAACACGCUCAUCGCGAAUCCUUACCGGUCGCCCAAGGCUGUGGUGGCGGAGUGGCAGGAACAGACCAAGACCAAGUUCACGAGAGAGAUGCUCUUCAAGCUCUUCCGGAAGCUCUGGGGCCGCCAACGCCAUGACCAAGUCUACAAGAUAAUGCGCUGGGUGCUCGUUGACAAGCCCCUCCCCGUCUCGUCCAAGAUCUACGAGCUCUCCAUGAAAGCGGCACAGAAAGCCAACAAGCUCCAGGUCGUGAAGAGGAUCUUCGACGACAUGCCACCCGAGGCCAAGACUCCCGCGGUCUACACGCGGAUCAUGUCCGCCUACUGCAACAAGAACCGAGCAAACAAAGCGGAAUUCAUCCUCGACUCCUUCACUCCCACCACCGCCCAAGCUCAUAACCAGCUCAUGCUCAUGUACAUCCGGAUGGAGGAGGACGAAAAGGCUGUGGACGCUUACAACCGGAUGAGAAAGGCGGGGAUCAAGCCCAGCGACCUCACCUUCUGGACGCUCGCAAAGUACAGUCGCAGGCUGGGGAUCGAGAUCGACAAGAAGGAGGCCGAGACGAUCCUGGACGACACCUUGAGCAGUCUCGACACGAAAAAGGAUGGACUCAACGCCGCCACCAAUGCCAUGCUCGCCUACGCUUACAUGGGCGAUUUCAGUGGCGUGAAGAAGGCCUGGGCCUUGAUCGAGAGCCACGACCACAUCCCAACGUACGCCUUCGCAGCCGGAGUGGAAGCUUUCGGACAGGUCGGGAAGAUGGAAACGGUCUAUCACUUUACGGAGCGUGUCGAGUCGUGGAAGAAGCCGGAUCUCAUGACUUUCUAUCCAUCGCUGGUCCGAGCCUACGUGACGAACGGGAGGAUGGAUCGAGCAGUGGGGCUUGUCAAUCAUCUCAAGAACAAGGAGGGCGAGCGGAAGAUCCCGUUUGGCUGCUACGACGAGCUGAUUGCCGGGCACAUUGCGCUCAAGGAGCGCGAUCUGGCCAUGGAAAAGACCAAGGAAGCGCUCGAGGUGUGCUGCCCGAGGACGAGGCCGAGCUACUUGACGCUCAAGAAGAUGCUGCCGGUUUACAAGAAGGCCAAGGACGUGGAGGCGGCGGAGGCCUUGUUCGCGAGGUACAAAGGGUGGCGAGACGCGCGGGUGUUCAAUCAGCUGCUCGAGGUUUACAUCGCGGCAGAGAGGCCGGCGCCAUUGCAGUUUGAGUUCAGGAUGAUGAAAUCAAAGGUGGCGGACAACGAAGAGACUACCGCGCUUUUGGCUAAGUCCCGAGAAUUUGCCAAGGCGAAGGCUUGAUCUUCCUAUGGGUUUGUGUAACUAUCACUUGAUAGCCACCUUUCUCCCCUUGCAGUGUUUCCUUUUUAUAAAGACGGUCCGUUAGGGUUC